AGUGCUAAGAACAAGUGUUUUUUACUGUGUGAACUACAGAAGUGGCACUGAAUGCGCAGUCUGAAGGAGAGUGCUGCUUCUGGGUUUAAAGAAAAUACCCUCGCAUCAGAACUGAACUUAACCUGUUGCUCUUAAGAUGAAGUUAGCUGUGAGCUGUGUGGAGUGGUGAAGUUUGUGCUUUAAGUGCUUGUUUCUUUUGUGAUCUUUGUCUUUUGCAGUUGGCUAAAUGUCUUUUCUUUGGCAGCAUUUGAAAGCAGGAGCAGGUCCUAUCAAGUGCAUCUUAAGCUGAUGCAGACUUUCUCCCAGGUCCACUCUGUUCAGUAAUGACUUUUGAUGUUUUGGGGCAUGCUUGCUCAGUGUUGCAAGGUCACUUUUACUGCAUGUUACACAAGGUCAGCUGGAUUUAUUCGUUUAUUUAUAAGUUCUGGAAUGCCAUAUGAAGAAACACUGGGUUGGUGUUAGGGUUCUUGACUCAUACUGGUUUGUUCAAAUCAAGGGAAAUCUGAGAGGGUAAAGAAAGUUUCCUGCCUUUGCUCUCAGAAGUUGCUUUGGUUAGAAGACAGAUCAGGGUGUUGAGUACAUCUUGGUCAAUUUUAUUGGUGCAUAGAGAAGGAUGAUGGCAGGCAAUAACCAGCUUUGCAUUCGACGUUGGACGACCAAGAACGUGGCCAAGUGGCUGAAGGAAGAAGGCUUCUGUGAAUAUGUGGAUAUUUUGUGCAAUAAACACAGGCUAGAUGGAAUUACAUUGCUGACACUUACAGAAUAUGAUUUACGAUCCCCUCCAUUGGAAAUCAAAGUCCUCGGGGAUAUCAAAAGGCUAAUGUUGUCCAUACGCAAGCUACAGAAGCAACAUAUCGAUGUCCUAGAAGAGCUGGGUUACAACAGCGAUAGUCACAUUGGCGCAGUGUGCACUACUGUUGGCUCGCUGCAGGGUGCAGAUUGGUUUUGUAAUGGUGAAGUACCUCGGGACUAUGAUGGACCAAUUACUGACUUGAAUGGUGAUCAAUAUCAAUAUGCAAAUGGCAAAAACAAACACUCCACGAGGAGACUGGACCCAGAGUACUGGAAGACAGUUCUGAGUUGUGUGUAUGUCUUCAUAGUGUUUGGCUUUACAUCGUUUGUUAUGGUUAUAGUACAUGAAAGAGUACCUGACAUGCAAACGUAUCCACCUCUACCAGACAUAUUUCUAGAUAGUGUCCCAAGGAUACCAUGGGCUUUUGCUAUGACUGAAGUAUGCGGUGUAAUUCUUUGCUACAUUUGGCUAUUGGUUCUUCUGCUUCACAAACACAGAUCUAUACUUCUGCGAAGGCUGUGCAGCCUCAUGGGGACAGUAUUCUUACUACGUUGUGUUACAAUGUUUGUUACCUCACUCUCCGUGCCAGGCCAGCACUUGCAGUGUACUGGAAAGUUGUAUGGCAAUGUUUGGGCAAAACUCCAGCGGGCGUUUGCAAUAUGGAGUGGCUUUGGAAUGACUCUGACUGGAGUACAUACGUGUGGCGAUUACAUGUUCAGUGGCCACACUGUUGUCCUGACCAUGCUCAACUUCUUUGUCACAGAAUAUACACCAAGGAGCUGGAACUUCUUGCACACCUUAUCCUGGGUCCUGAACCUCUUUGGAAUCUUCUUCAUUUUGGCUGCACAUGAACACUACUCUAUUGAUGUCUUCAUUGCCUUUUACAUCACUACAAGACUCUUUUUAUAUUACCACACGUUGGCUAAUACUAGAGCAUAUCAGCAGAGUAGAAGAGCAAGGAUCUGGUUUCCAAUGUUUUCUUUUUUUGAAUGCAAUGUUAAUGGUACUGUUCCCAAUGAGUAUUGCUGGCCAUUCUCAAAACCUACGAUAAUGAAAAGACUGAUUGGCUGAAGAGUGUGAAUGUCAGUUCAGAUUUUUAUGAACUGUUAUGACUAAGACCCUGCAAGGCUAGCUGGAGGGGACAUGAAGUAACAGUUUUCACUCCGUGGCCACUGCCUCCUUGUCUUGCUUCUUAGAUUCUUAGCCAUAGAAUGGGAUUACCACGCUCUGCAGGGAUGUGUUUUGUUCCUGUUUUAAUGGAAGACAACACAGGGACUGGUAGAGGCAAUCAGUGAAUCGUAACUACAAACCAGAAUAGUACGGUUCUGUGUGAAUGUUUAAGUAACCUCAAGUCACUUGAAAUGUGUGCUUGUACUGAAUAUAAUAUACCCUUUACAGGUCCAGUUAAUCACCUUUACCUGACAUGCCAGUCUUUAUGUACUAAAAAAUUAGAACUGGAGGGGUGCCCCGCAGCAGCUCAGUCAAUGACUUUCUUUUAAAACAGUCAUAAAUUCAGUUCUUGAAACAAACUGCGUAUACUUAAAGAUUGAGGAGUACUGUGUCAUAAUGAGGAAAGCAAUAUAGUUCCUUGCUAAAAGAGUCUCUUAACUGUUAAUAGUAAGUCUUAAAGUGUAAUUGACAAUAUAAAUGGUCUGCAUACGGAUUGCCAAAAAUGAAAGUCUGCCUUGUGGCUAUGGAAUGAUGUUUUGUGUUUUUUUUUUCUAUGAGAGGUUAUUUAGUCUAGUCUAUCAACUGUCUAUAUGGUUGUUCUGGCACUUGGAAGUUUUCCCUUUUGUUUUAAAUAAAUGAGUUAAAGUAAACGCUGCAUCCACUGAAAGUAAUAUUAAUUUAGCUUUAGUGCGUUUAAAGCCACAACAUAUUUUUUCUGUGUGGUUUUAAUUGCUUUGUACCCAGCCCUAUGCAUGCUUUUUAGGAGCAGCUCUUUAACAUUGGAAGAACAGAACAGUUAUCUUCACAUAUCUUACUGUCCCAUAAAUGGAUGGGGAAAAUGCAUGUAGUAAUUCUUUCAGGAAAAGUAAUAAUAGUGAGUUUUGGAAAUAGUGCUCAUAUUGAUGUAUGUUUUAGCACUCUGGUGUCAACAAUAUGGUGAAUAUCUCUGGAGAUAUAUACACAGUAUAUUUGUAUAUAUAUAUAUACUCACAGUAUAUGUUCUUCUAACAACAUGAAAAAGACUAGUUCUUAAUUUAAGUUUUUCAUUUAUUAUGCUGAAAGAUAAAAGUACCAUAAACAGUUGACUUUUGGUUGUUUAAAAACAAACAAACAACACACUUCCUAAUGCAUAAGCAAGGAUCACAGAUGGUGACCUCUUAUGCAGUGUUUUGUAAGGGGAUAAUACUAAUGUUGGCUGUAGAGGCUUGAAAUGAGAUUUAUGCUCAAUGAAGAUGGAUAGGUAAAAGGUGCAAAUUGUAAAAAUGGUGUAGCCUUUUUAAUUUGUUGUUACAAUUUCAGAAUAGGUAGUAUGCACAAAAAUCAUAGCCUAAGUCAGCCUUGGAAAGUUGCAUGAAGCGUUUUCCAGCUCGGUACAAGCUGACUUGAUGACCACAAUGUACUUAAGCUUGCAUAGAGAAGGAUCCCCUUGGUGGAAUUUUGCAGUUGUCUGCGUUGUUCCUUUUAUAAACCUGGAUUGUACUAACUUGACUAUCAUGCACCCUUCAUAAUAUAUUACUUUUGUAACUUCAUUUAGCUCCUAUACCACAGAGGAACUGUGCAUCUUAAAGAGUCUCUGCCAACUGUAUUGAGCACACACACAUUGUACUAUUCUACAUACUCUAUAGUUGUAACAUUCCAGUUUUUAGAAAAUUCCAAGUGUAUUACUAUAUUGUUCAAUCUGCUAAAGUGUAGUGGCUCUUGCCAUCCAGACUGGGAGAGUGUGCUUAAACUUACAGGGGAAAAAAAGGAGAAAAUACUCUUAAAGACUAUUCACUCACUGUCCUUACCUUUCUGAUUUCAGAAAGGCAAUUUGAACAUUCCUCUCGAGACUUUAUAAUCGGAGCUCUAUUUGUUAAUAUAUAUUUGCCUUUGCAAUGCACACAGUUGAAAUACUGUUUUUUAAACUCUAGGAAAACUUCUGUUCUCAGGAUAUGCAGGGGGUUGUAUUCUGAGUUCUGACAUGGAGGGACAUGCAAUUAAACUUGUAAAGCUCUUCAUUCUAAAGAGAAAUGUCAGUACUGACCAGCAUAGCUGUGUUUAAACUGAAAAAAAAUAUUUUGCAACUUAAGCAUAGAGGAGAAUUUCCCAACUACAGCCCAGUGUAACCAUGUUUACGUAAAGUAAAGCUACCAUUUCAAUAUUUUGUUUAGUGAGGUUCACAUACUUUGAAACAUAAGGUUUCUUUUUUUUGGUUCUAAUUUAUUUUUUUUCAAAUUCUCUUAAGUAAAUCCAUGUUUUAAUUCAGCGUUGCCUAUCAGUGUUUUUUAAUGAAAGUUUGUUCUGUGCCGUUCCGCUUGCUGCUAGAUAUCUGCAUAUGAGAGUAGUAUAAAGAGGUAGUUCUUGUGAGAACUGAAGUGGGUUAAAACAUUGUCAGGAUAAUUGUGCUUUUCUGUUUUGGAAAUUAGUGUUGUCUGUCUGUAAACACCCAAGACGAAAAUAAUAAUAAUAAUAAUAAUGAUUUAAAAAAAAUCUGAUUUCACAUUGCUAAAAGAUCACAGUUGAUCUGAAAAUCUGAUAAUGUAAGGUUUCUUGUUAAUGAGAUGGAAACAAAUUGCAAAUGACUGACAGGUUUAAAAUUCUGUAUCUCCUUUUAGAAGAGUCACUGGUUUAAAAGCAUUUUGCUGCUUCACUGCUGCUGACAAGCCUUUUAAAGUAAAGGCAGCAGAGCAUUGUUGGGCCUUGGAUUUAAUGCUAAAUAUCUUCAGCGUUGUCCUUCUCCCUUAUGUUGGCGCACCAGUCUCUUUGCUCUCCUUCAGCUUGCUGCAUCUAUCGUGUGCAAAGUCAUCUUCCGUGGUCUGUGGGAGCUCACACAUCUGAAUUCAGAGAACAGAAUGAAUUGCUGCGUUGUGCCAGUAGAUGCAAGCAUCCUAACAGUGUGACUCAAGACUAUGAAGUGGAUAAACUAAUCAAGUAGAAAAGUCUGUCUGACUUUUAAUAAAGGAUAUGCUAGGCAAGGGGAGAAUCCCGUUCCACCCCCCUCCCUGUCCUUUUUCUUCCCCUGUAAUUUAGCUAAUCUAGUAAUAUCUGGGACUUGUCAAUAGUCUUGAACUCCUCCUUGUUAUCAGUUUGGGCUUAUGCUUGGAGGUGGUGUGUAAAAAUGCAUAUAUGUAUGCACUGACCUGAUGGCAGUAGGGACAGCCACUUCUCCAUCUUUUUUUUUUCUUGUACCUUAUGACACACCUUUUUAGAAUAAUUUUCCUAAACAUUUUGCCUUUAGAUUUUCCUCUCUGUAAGAUCCAUUAAAUGGUCAGUGAAACUAGUGGUGCUGUGACACUGUACCUGUGUACAGAUGUGAGGUUUCCAUAGAAGUGUUUUUUAAUAAACUACGAUUACACUGAUAAAAGCUUGUGAAAGGAUCUUUAAGCAAGGUUCCUCCAGCUGUUAUUGAAUAAUGAUAUAGAAAGCUUCCAUAUAUGUUAAUUAUUUUAAUGUCCUCUGGUAACACUAAUACCAAGUGACGGUAUGAAAAUGUAGAUAGGCCUGAAAUUUUCAAAUGUCCAAGACUAACGAGAAUUGGAUCCUGUAAGUGUAUUGCUUGUGGUACAGCAAAUUACAGGCUUAACUUUAAGCAAAUAACUAAAUAUUCUGGCUUUAGUGAGGGUUAUUUCCUUGGAUUAGAUGAGGUGCGUGCUCUUUAAGAGGUGCAUACUGAUAAGUAAUGGGAAUAGAAAAUGUCUGUUUAUUUUGUUUUCCCUGUUUGUUUUUUCACAUCUGCCCUAGAAGAAAACAUUCCAGUAGAAUUUAGAAGUUACCAACAUUUACGUACUCUUCUGAGAGAAGAACUCGUAAUAAAAAAUACAAUAAAAUAGAACUGAUAGCUAGGUGUUCUAAGAAGCCAGAGUUGGUUAAAUGAUUUGAAAAAGUUUUUUUGAUGUAAGCAGGUUAAAUAAUGUUAUUAAGAACUACUUGAAAUCCUUCAACAAACAUGAAAGUGCAGGUUCCUAUAAUCACCUUUUCUGUAUGGCUAUCUAUAUGUGGUGUUUCGUGUAGUGCCAAAACGAAUAUCUAAGGGAAAGAGGGAAAGGUUGAACUGAGAUGUCAAAACAAGUCUUUUGUAACAGUCUGUAACAGAAUCUCCUGGGUGCUUUUUGUUUUGUUUUGUUUUGUUUUUUAAUCACUGUUUGCACACUUCUGUGCUACGCUUGUCCAUUACUAUUUAGCUAGGUUUUUUAUUGGUAUGCUAAAGUCCACUGGGGUUUUUAAGCAUCUAAAGUAUUGGUGAGCUGAAAUGUAAUCAUGAAAUGUGCAUUUGUAGAAAUAGCAGCUGUCUUGGACAAAAAGUAGGUUUUGUGGAUGUGAAGCAUGUGUAACAAAAGUCGCCUAUAAUGACUCUGACAAAUAGUAUUUUAUUCUGUCUAGUCCGUGUAGUUUCUACUCAAAAGUUAGGGAGAGUUUGCUGGAAUUUGCAAGCAGUAUUACUUUACCUUUUUUUUUUUUUUUUUUUUUUUUUUUUAAUACUGUAGGAUUCCUUUAUGCAAACUUGAUCUGUAACUACAAAAAACACCAUAAUCUUUAGGUAGGAAAUUAUUUGGCAGAAAUCCUAGCAGCGAGCUGCUUGCCCUCUGAAUUAUUUUGUACAUGUAGACUAUGAAACAAGGAUUAAUUGAUAGACCAGUGAUGAUUAAUACAGUUUAGUCUUUUUCAUGCAUCUUUGACAUGUCACUGUUUGACAUUGAAAUGGUAUUUCUUGUAGGAAAAAAGUACUUUGGAAUGAAUUGAAUGUGCAGAUGUCUUUCUCAUUGUGUUACAGAUAUCCCAAAAACUCACAGUCCUCUGAACACUAAAAUAUGAACUCUGAACUUUCCAUAUAGUAUUUUCUUGCAUACUUACUGUUUGUAUUUUAAGAAAGUUGCAGUGAGCAUUAUGUACAUAAUUCAGUGAUGUGUACAGUUUUAAAGCCACUUUGUAAUAGGUGUAUAAGAAUUUUAGAUGAUAAAUGUGGAGCACAGUAACCUGACAUGUCAGCCCAGUGACUAUGUAGUUGAAGACUACCUGUAACUUGGUUUUGCUGUCUUUUUCAAUUCAGUUUUGUCAAAUAAGAGAAAUUUUGUCAAAUGCAAGUAACCACAAACUGCAUUGUAUAUGGUACUUAACAUAAUAGGGAUGCAGAAACAGGACUUGUCAUGCUGAGUAGUUACUUUAAUUUUGCUCUGACAGAGAAAAUAGUAUUAAUGGCUGGAAGGUAUGCUAGUGACGUUUAAAGCAAGUACUGUAAAUAAGUAAAUAUUGUUUGAUUCUAAACUCAGAUUGAAUUAAUAUAUUGUUUUAUAUCUUUGUUGCAUUAAAACAUAUUUAAAACUACCAAAAUAAAAUGUUUGAAA